GAGCUGAGUCACCUUGUGUUGACCGGAAAUGGAUUGGAAGAGAUAGGAAACCUGACCCUAGAACCGCUGACCAAUCUUCUUCUUCUAGAUCUUAGUUCAAACCAGCUUAGCCAGGUCCCCUUGUCCUUGAAGUCCCUAACCUCCCUACAGUCCCUGGACCUCAGCCACAACCAGAUCAAGAGCCUGGGGCAAAAGGAGGCUGUCCUUCCCCUGCCCUCACUGUGGAGGUUGAACCUGGGUUGGAAUGAGGUUGAGAGUGUGGGAGUUGAUCAACUAGUUCAUCUUCUCUCUCUUCAGAUCCUGGAUCUAUCAAAUAAUAAAAUCAGAGAUGUGGAACGCGGUGCUUUUAGUGAGAAUACCUUACUUAAGGCAGUAAGGUUGGAUGGAAACAGAUUGAAAAGAAUGGAAAACCUUUUCCAAGAUCUACCAAACCUUACCUGGCUUAAUAUCAGUGAUAACCGGUUGGGAGAGUUUGAUUAUGCUAUGCUUCCUCGUAGCGUCAGCUGGCUUGAUCUUCAUAGAAAUGAAUUGAGUAGCCUAGAGAACUAUUUUGGUCUUGAAUCUGGAAUACAGAUUAAACAUUUAGACGCAGGGUUCAACAAACUUAAGAUCCUGGCCCCUGUCAAUCUACCGAACAGUGUUGAGACGGUUCUACUCAACGACAACGAGCUGGAGGAGCUGGCCCCCUACACCUUCUACGAGAAGCACAGCCUCAAGAAGGUCGACCUUACUGUCAACAAGAUGUCCAGUAUUGACAGAAACUCUAUCAGGAUAAGCCCGGAACUGAGUUCCGAUCCUAGUUUUCUUUUUGGUGGAAACCCUCUUCAAUGUAACUGUCAUAUGCUCUGGUUCAGGACAAUUAACAAGAAACAGACGAUGAACAAUUUACCAAAAAUUGCAGAUUUAGAAAGUAUCUACUGUCGUCUUCCAUACUCGAGACAACUGACUUUCGCGCCAUUAGUAGACGCUACGCCUUCUCAGUUUCUUUGUCCCUAUCAAACACAUUGCUUUGCCCUUUGUCACUGCUGCGACUAUGAUGCAUGCGACUGUGAGAUGGCUUGUCCUGUCGGCUGCUCCUGUUACCACGAUGCGACCUGGAACACCAAUAUUGUAGAAUGUUCGUCCUCGAAUUUCACGGAUUUACCCGUCAAAUUACCCAUGGAUGCAACAGAGUUGUUGUUGGAUGGUAACAACCUUCUCAAGCUGAAAAGUCAUACUUUUAUUGGACGGAAAAAUCUGCGAACCCUUUAUCUCAACAAUUCAAAUAUCGAGGUGUUGGAGAAUAAUACGUUCAAUGGUUUGCCCUCUAUGCAGUUUCUGGACCUACAUUCAAAUAGAAUACAGAAGUUUCAAGGAGACGAAUUUCAAGGACUGGUAAACCUACGUGAGCUGUAUCUGCAGAAUAACCUGAUUAGUACUAUUAACAAUAUAACAUUUAUUGUUCUGAAAAAUCUUCAAAUUUUAAAUCUUCAAGGAAACCGCAUAUCUGAGUAUACUGUCUGGUCUUUAGCACAAAACCAGUUUUUACUCAGUGUUGGGCUUACAGACAAUCUUUGGAGUUGCGAAUGUUCAUUUCUUCGCAGAUUUACAGGGUGGAUCCAGUCAACAGCUGUUGAGGUUAUUGACCAGGGUGAGCUAAGAUGUACAACUGCAGAUAGCUCUAGUAUAGACCUAUUAACCCUGGAGGUAUGUGAAGAGGCGAGGGGACUAGUUGCUACUGAAGGAGUAGUCCAGGGUAGUAUUCUAGCUCCAGCUGUAGCGGGAGGAGCAGCAGCAGUUCUUCUUCUUCUUCUCCUUCUACUAGUUGUACUAUACAGAGCACAGUUUAAACUCUGGUUAUACUCCAGGUAUGGGAUCCGGUUCUUCCAGCGUGUAGAGCGGGGGGAGGACGGAGAGAAAGUGUACGAUGGAUUCGUUGUGUACAGUGUAGAAGACGACAUGUACGUACAGCAGGUGUUGGCAAGCGAAUUGGAGCUCGGGGCAAACCAGUUCAGAUUGUGUUUAUAUCACAGAGAUGUUUCCUCAACUCAUUUUGUUGCUGAUUCCAUUUUACAGGCGUGUGAUUCCGCGAAGCGAACUAUUUUGGUGUUGUCGGAGAAUCUAAUUAAGCAG